AUGGCGUACGGUAUCGUCACUGACGAGGAUACGGGAGAAAACAGGCACAAGUAUGCCCCCAUCUCGGGCAGCGUCGAGGCCAGCGACGCCUCCCCGCUCGCCACGGCCUGGCGCGAACUCGGCGAGGAGACGACCCUGACGGCCCGCCAGCUGCGGCUCUUCCGGCAGGGCAAGCCGUAUACCUUUUCCGACACCUCCGUCGGGCGCGAAUGGACCAUUAAUCCCUUUGCUUUCAUCUUUACGACGCCUGACUCUUCCUCAUCCUCCACCACCACCGCCUCCCCGUCUUCUUUGCCUCCAUCGUCUUCGUCCCGGGGAGGCGAAACCAAAGUCGAUGACAGUCCUAAGGAUCGUGGGUACGGUGGCGAUGCAGAUGAGGAGAAGGACAAGGAAAAGCAAGACGAUCGCAGGGCUGGCCUGCGCCUCGACUGGGAGCACGAAGGGUACGCGUGGUUCGACCCCGCUGACGUAUCCGACGACCCGUCUUUUGGCGGUGUGCCGCGCCUGAAGGAGAGCCUGCGCCGGGUGUGGUUCGAGAUUGACCUGGGAAGGGACGCCGCGCGGGUGCUCGACGAGGGGCUGCGCGCUCUGCAGGCGGAUCAUGAGAGCGGCGCGCGGCAGCUUGCGGCCAAGGCGCUUGAUGUGUUUAUGGACGUGCUCCCUCUGCUGCCGCGGAGCGCCGACAGCAGCGGUAUCGACGAGAGGUGGUGGCGCAACGUUCGCAUCGCUGGCUGGCACUUAUGGAAGAAUGGGCGCGAGGCCAUGGGCGCGCCGAUCCUGAGCGUGGUGCUCGCCUGUCUGGGCAUCAUCGAGGAGAAGGUCGCCGCCUUGCCGUCGCCGCGUACACCUUCAUCAUCAUUGUCGCGCGCGUUCAUCGACGACGUGCUCGUCGCGCUGCGGGCCUUUGCCGCGUACAGGACCGAGACCGGCAGGGCCAUCGGCGAGGCGUUUGCGCAGUUCCUGCGCGACGAGUUCUCCGACUGCGCUACGCCAGGGAGCGGUGGCGUUGGCACUGGUACCGGCGCUGGCGGUGAUGCUGACGGAGGUGUUGGUCAAGGUGGAGGUGCCGGGAACUUGACGAACAAGGACGUCAAGAUCGUGACCCUGUCGUGCAGCUCAACCAUCACCGCGGCGCUCACGCACGCACUCAAGCAGCCUGACGUCCCAGCGCUCGACAUCCACGUGCUGGAGUCGCGCCCGCUAUUUGAGGGCGUCAAGACGGCGCGCGCGCUGGCCGCUGCCCUCCACACAGCAGGACGAGGAAGCUCAGGAGAUGGUGCUGGUGAUGGUGAGAAGCCACGCGGGAGGGUGACGCUCCACACGGACAGCAGCGCCGCCGUCGCCGCUCACGGCGCGCACAUGGUCCUCCUCGGCGCGGACCUCAUCUCCCCGCGCGGCGACGUGAGCAACAAGACGGGCUCGCUGCCGCUGGUGCUCUCCGCGCGGCACGUCAACGCUUCGGGCCCUUUGUCCUCGACCUCAUCCCACCCCGUUCCGCAGAAGAGCCAGCACCAGCACCCCGUCCGGAUCGUCGCCCUCGCCGAAAAGGAAAAAGUCCUCCCCUUUGAGCCGCCCGCGCACGCGGAGGAGAAUGACCCGCGCGAGGUGAGCGUUGCGUGGGACGAGACGUACAACAACAGCAGUGAGGUUCACGGUGAUGGUAAGGGAAAGGAGGGGGGCGAAGGGAACAACAAGGAACUGGCCGGCGGGGGAGGAGGAGAAGUCGAGGUCAAAAACGUCUACUUCGAGUGGGUGCCCGCGGCGCUGGUGACCGACUACGUGACCGAGGACGGCGCCACGACGAGGGGCGGCAUCGAGGAGUGGGCGAAGGGGGCGAGGGAGAGGGCGGACCGCUUCUUUGGAGAUCUGUAA